AUAACGCAGACUUUAGGAAUACAAGAGAUUUUGAACAAUGCCGUUGUACACCUUCUUUACAUUUUUGUCAUGUCAGGACCAUUAGCUUUUAGCGUAUUAGAUGAUUUCAUCUUCAUGUUGUUUGUCUAUGCAGAAAACUGGAAUGAUAUUAUGUCUUUGACUUUAGUCUGUAAACAGUACCAGAACGUUGCACUAAAACAAAAGAUUGAUAUUCCUUUUGAAUUUACUUCUGAUCUUGAUUUGACUCGUUGUACAAUCCCUUCUAAAAUCGCUAGAGUCAUUAAAGUGAAAUGUGUUUCUGCAGCACAAGAAGCCUACUUCAGGAAUGUCUCAAAAUGUUUUGUUAGUUAUCGUCUCAUCAUCAUUGAUUUCAUUGAAGUUGAUAGUUGGAAGCGUACAAAAAAGAUUUGCAGAACCAUCUUGAAGACAGGUAAAACAUUGCGUGUUUUGAAUACAAAAAGACCCAAAAAAAUCACUGCCUACUUGACGAAUGUCGAAGAAAAGUAUCAGCAACAACACGUUUUAUACACUGAAAACCAAGGACAUCCACCACUUAAGCGCAGACAUUCUGAAGAAGACUUCAUUAUGUUGAAAGUGCCUAGAAACACAAAUCUUCGUCGCAACUUUUUGUUACAGCAUUUGCUCACAUUGUCUAGCCCAACCUUUGAGAAUAGUGUAGAACCUUUAUUUAGUCGUAUCAGCCAAGUUACUUCCUACAAAGAAGCCUAUACCCAUUCAAUGUUUUUUACUUGUGGUGUCGAAGAAGCAAUGGUACACGUUAAGCAGUUUGUCAAUUGUAUUGUUCAGUUUGAUACGUUUUCUUUGCUUGUCACAAGCUUCGAUAUUUUCUACCACAACCAUAAGUAUGAAGACGAUUGUGCUCAGUCCUUGGACCGCAUCUUCCAAGCCCCUACUGCAAAGAUAUCCAGGAAAACGAACACCAACAAGAAAUUUAUGGAAAUUUCGGUCUUUGUUGGCCACUAUGAAUUGCUGGUCGUGGGAGGUUAUUUUAACAUACAUGGGUCGAUCCUACCAUUUCUUGGCUCGUCAAUGGGCAAAUUUAAUUUCCAGGAAGCAAUAUCUACUACCAUCCAUAUACCUGACUUAAGCUCACCAUUCGUUCGUACGAGUCGUUUAUUGAACCAGUACGUUAAACGAAAAUCGCAUGAGUUAUGGAGCCUUCACUGCCAAUAUGCUUACAACAAAGGGUUCUACCCUAUUUCGGCAAUCAGCUUUACCAACCACUAUAGCCAGGUGCACAAAUGCAGCAACAGCCAACAUUUUCUGUCACAAGUUCUGCGUUUAAUAUCCUCAACGAUGGUAAUUAAACCUGCCGAAUUAGAUUCACUUUGGGCUCUCCUUCUUCGUCUUCCGUCAUACAAAAAGAUGGUUGAAACUGCUAGCACCAUACCAACUAAUUUCGUUGAGCUCUCUGCCCACUUGAACAACUUGAACGAUGACAGCUCGUUUGGGUCAAUACUUCACGUUCUUUCUGCAGUACAAUCCAAAGCCCCGUGUUUCUUCUUGAGCCUGUAUUCAGAAUCAAAAGCCAAAGAAAUUGCUUUAGGAAUUAUGACAGGCGGCUUAAAAAGGAAUAUAACUGAUCAACAUGAUGCUAUUAUGGAGAAUAUAAAGAAAAAUAUUUAA